CAGUUCAGCAGCUCUCGUGUCUCGCUCUCUCAGUCGGCGCGGGCUGGAGAUGAAGAUGGCGGAGCGGCGGCGCGGGAUGCGUUUACGAAACAUCAAAGUUCUUUCCGCGGCGUUCUUUUCAUUCGGAUUCUAGAGACCCGCACCGAAAGCAGCCAUUUAAAACGAACCGUUCUUUGCCGGACUCGAACUCUGCUCCACAUCUCAAGUCAAUCGUUGUGCAUGGCGAGCCACUGGGCAAACUGGAAACACCGGAAAAGCUGUCCACACGGAGGAUGAAGAGAAGGUUCUGCUGGAUGACGUCUCCCUCACGCCUUGUUUAUUCAAGCAGAUACAUGAAGUGCCAAAAGGUUUUUAUCAGAAGCAAAAACACUAACGAACAAACAAAACAAAUGAUUUACACGUGAUGCCUCCGGCUGCUUAUGCAUAGGGUCAUUGUAUGGACGAUAGGAGUGUGAUACAAAAAGAGAGACACCAGGGCGACGAUUUCGUCGCAGGCUAUGGGGGCCAUGGUGACCUAGAUUCAGUGGUCGUUUCCUGGCAGGGCAACUCCAUUCCCAUAUAAUCCCUGCUAUCUUUUAUUUCUACCUCCCUACCAGAGUGAGGCGUUAUCCUCUCUCUGUCCCUGCCACCUGCUUUGCCCAGACAGCUAUGGCUGGAGUGAGAAAGUUGGCACGACUCCUCAGGCACCAAGGUCUCCAUCGCCUGAUCCUUGCACUCAUCCUCUUCUGUCUGCUUUCCAUGGCCUACCUGGCUUAUCAUGUCAGUGCUGGACCCAAGAUCAAGGAAGCCCCUCUGCCGCUGCCCCUGGGAGACUGUGUAGCUUCAUCAGUCGUUGGUGGUGGGCAAAGGACUCCACUGUUCCUGCCAUCACAGAUCAGCCAGCGCAGACACUCAGCAAGAACGAUGGACACCUCUCGGACAGAGCCUGUGGUCUUACUCUUUGUGGAAAGCAUCUACUCACAACUCGGACAAGAGAUUGUUGCCAUUUUAGAGUCAAGCCGCUUUCAUUACCGCACUGAAAUUGCACCAGGCAAGGGAGACAUGCCGCCUCUGGCUUGGCGAGGCCGUGGCCGUUACACACUCAUCGUCUAUGAGAACCUGCUCAAGUACGUCAACUUGGACUCGUGGAACCGCCAGUUGCUAGACAAAUACUGCCAAGACCAUGGAGUGGGAGUCAUCGGCUUUUAUAGGGCAAAUGAAAACUCUCCAUCCAGUGCUCAGCUCCGAGGUUUCCCCCUCUUCUUGCGUUCAAACUUGCCACUUUGGGAUUACAGAGUCAGUCCUGCCGCACCGCUGCUCUACAUCACCAAACCUAAUGAGCUGGAGCCGGGCCCUCUACCUGCAGACAACUGGACCACCUUCCUCUCCAACCACAGCACUUAUGAGCCUGUGCUGCUAGCGAGCCCCAAGCCUGCAGAAGCCAAUCAGCUCCCAACACACUCACACCAACAGAGAGCACUGCUGGCUACGGUUGUGCAGGAUUUAGGCCUACACGAUGGGAUCCAGCGGGUGUUCUUUGGUGGUAGCUUGUCUUUUUGGCUGCACAAACUGCUCUUUGUAGAUGCUGUGGGAUAUUUAACUGGCAGGCGGCUCAGCCUCUCAUUGGACAGAUUUUUGCUGGUGGACGUUGAUGACAUCUUUGUUGGGAAGGAGGGGACGCGGAUGAAAGUGGCGGAUGUUGAGGCUCUGCUUCACACACAGAAUAAACUUCGUUCUCUGGUUCCCAAUUUCACCUUCAACUUGGGAUUCUCUGGCAAGUUUUUUCAUACAGGUACAGAUGAGGAAGACGAGGGUGACGACACGCUGCUACGCCACCGGCAGGAGUUCUGGUGGUUUCCGCAUAUGUGGAGUCACAUGCAACCUCAUCUCUUCCACAACGUCAGCGUGCUGGCGGAACAAAUGAGACUUAAUAGACAGUUUGCACAGGAGCAUGGGAUCCCCACAGACAUGGGUUACGCUGUAGCCCCUCAUCACUCAGGUGUGUAUCCUGUGCACAGUCAGCUCUAUGAGGCCUGGAAGAGUGUUUGGGGCAUCAAGGUGACCAGCACAGAAGAGUAUCCUCAUCUCAGGCCUGCCCGCUACCGCAGAGGCUUCAUACACAAUGGCAUACAGGUUCUCCCCCGACAGACCUGUGGGCUUUUCACACACACCAUCUUCUAUAAGGAUUAUCCUGGUGGCCCUCAGGAGCUGGACAAAAGCAUUCGUGGAGGAGAGCUGUUUCUAACAGUGCUGCUCAAUCCGGUUAGUAUAUUCAUGACUCACCUGUCUAACUAUGGCAAUGACCGGCUGGGUCUGUACACCUUCGAGUCUCUGGUGAGGUUUGUGCAGUGCUGGACUCACCUGCGCCUGCAGACGCUUCCUCCUGUCAGACUCGCUCACAAAUACUUCCAGAUUUUCCCUGAUGAGAGAGACCCCUUGUGGCAGAAUCCAUGUCACGACAAGAGACACAAAGACAUCUGGUCCAAAGAGAAGACCUGCGACAGACUGCCCAAAUUCCUAGUGAUUGGCCCACAGAAGACCGGAACUACAGCCCUGCACUCGUUUCUCUCUCUUCAUCCUGCCAUCAGCAGCAGUUUCCCCAGCCCUGUCACUUUUGAGGAGGUGCAGUUCUUCAGCGGACCAAACUACCAGCGUGGCAUCGACUGGUAUAUGGAUUUUUUCCCUGUGCCCUCAAAUGUAAGCACAGACUUCUUGUUUGAGAAGAGCGCCAACUACUUUGACACUGAAACUGCCCCGAAGAGAGCAGCUGCCCUGCUACCAAGAGCAAAAAUCAUCUCCAUUUUGAUCAACCCUGCUGACCGGGCUUAUUCCUGGUACCAGCAUCAGAGGGCUCAUCAGGACCCCGUGGCUCUGAAUCACACAUUUGAUGAAGUGGUCUCUGCUGCUCCGUCAUCUCCUGCAGGCCUGCUGUCUCUGCACCGCCGCUGCCUGCAGCCUGGAGCCUACAGCAGCCAUCUGGAGCGCUGGCUACACCACUACCAGCCCAGCCAGCUGCUGAUUGUGGAUGGUGUGCAGCUGCGCUCCGGUCCUGCUCAGGUGAUGGAUGGGAUUCAGAAGUUCCUGGGAGUCACACCGUACUUCAACUACACACAGGCUCUGACGUUUGAUGAGAGUAAAGGUUUCUGGUGUCAGAAACUAGAGGCAGGACGCUCUCGCUGUCUAGGAAAAAGCAAAGGAAGGAAAUAUCCCGACAUGAGCCUUGAGUCCAGGGCAUUUCUGUCUGAGUAUUACCGUGAGCAGAACGUGGAGUUACUCAGGAUGCUGAAACGUCUGGGUCAACCUCUGCCCGUCUGGCUCAGAGACGAACUGCACAAUGCCAGCUGGAGCUGAAAAACACCAACAGUACAGCAGAAGACGCACAGCAGAACCACGCUGCUCCUCACAGGAGAACUCAAGGCUUGUGUGUGGCAGGAGCCAAAAGAGGACCGACUCGCUCGCCCUCCAUAAUCCACACGGCCCGAUGGCGCUGUCAUAGUCUGAACGAAGCCCUCAGAGUCAGACGAGAUGCUUCUCAGCCAAUGUUCAUGGAAACACGGAUAUGGAAAUGGGAACGACCUCAUUAAAAAGACUUCCAGAGUCCAUUAUGAAACGGCUGUUUUAAAUGCAAAUAUAGUCUUCUAGGAAGAGAAAGAGCGUCGCACUGAACCUCUAGGAGAUUGAGGACAUUUUGUGGAAAUACCCUUGAAAGCGAGGGACUGUGAGAGGAUUAUUUAAAUUCUAUUCUCGAAAAAUCUUUAACUCUGCCAAGCAGGGAAGUAUUUAAAUGUCUCAUAAAUGUCAGCCAUCUUGCUGCCUUUCCCAAAACAUUUGUUGUUGAAGUGAUUUCCGAUUGCAGUCGACAAACUUUGUGAAGACCAAGAAGCUAUAAGGAGUAUAAGAUCAUACAUGUAGCAUAGCACACUGUUUUAUUUAUUAGAUUUUUGUAUUGUAUGAACCAGGCUAAUGUUUCUUUAUUUAUGGGAUAGUUCACCCAAAAAUGAAUAUUUACUUACCAUUUACUCAACCUAAAGUAGUUAUAAACCUUUAAGAGUUUCCAUUUUCUGUUGAACACAAAAGAUAUUUAAAAAAUGUUAGAACUCUGUAACCAUUGACUACCAUAGUAGAAAAACAAAAGAAGAUAUUUUAAAAAAUGUUAGAACUCUGUAACCAUUGACUACCAUGGAGGAAAAACAAACAACACAAAAGAAGAUAUUUAAAAAAAUGUUAGAACUCUGUAACCAUUGACUACCAUAGUAGAAAAACAAACAACACAAAAGAAGAUAUUUUAAAAAAUGUUAGAACUCUGUAACCAUUGACUACCAUGGAGGAAAAACAAACAACACAAAAGAAGAUAUUUAAAAAAAUGUUAGAACUCUGUAACCAUUGACUACCAUGGAGGAAAAACAAACAACACAAAAGAAGAUAUUUUAAAAAAUGUUAGAACUCUGUAACCAUUGACUACCAUGGAGGAAAAACAAACAACACAAAAGAAGAUAUUUAAAAAAAAAAAUAUUAGGACUGUAACCAUUGUCAUCCAUAGUAAGAAAAAUAAACAACAUCACAGACGAUAUUUAAAAAUAAAUGUAAGAACUGUUUUUCCUACUAUUGUAGUCAAUGAUUACAAACCCAACACAAAAGAAGAUAUUUAAAAAAAUGUUAGAACUCUGUAACCAUUGACUGCCAUAGUAGGAAAAGAAAAUACUAAGUGAAUAAUUACAGGUUUUUGACAUUUUUCAAAAUAUCUUCUCUUGUGAAGAUAUAAAGAACCACAAACAGGUUUGAGACAUGUAAAGGGUGAUUAAAUAACACACAAUUGUCAGUUUUAGGCGAGCUAUCCUGUUUAAAGUCAACGUUUUGACUAGCUACACUACUGUUCAAAGGUUAGAGGUCAGUAAGAUUUAAUAGUCUUUUAUGCUAUUGUAUUUUCUCUUAAGUGAUUAUCCUUUGUGCACAGACUCCUGAGCUUGUACACAACAGUCAGAAGCACAAGUUUAUUCACAUGAGUAUCAAACAUCGGGAAUACAUGAUAUGUCAGUCUUCAAUUUUUGUAUGUUUUAUUUCUUUUAAAUACUGUAGGUUGCAGCAUCCAGGACAAGCACAAGAGUCACUUUGAUGAACAAGACAAAAUGUGCAUCCUCCAUUUUCACUCAAAAAACUACUUUCUGAAAACUAGCCGAAUCAACACAAUUCUUGAAUUUUUAUGCUUACUUAAAUGUAUAACACAAUAAAUUAAUUUGUGUUAGGACAACAUGAAGGAAUUGUGUAGAAGCCAGAAUUUUUUUUUUUUUUUGUUUUUACACCAUUGGUUGUAAACGAUGUCUGCUUGUGUAUUUGCUGGGUGCUUCAAAUUGCUGUAAAUGCGCUCCGGACAAUUUGCAGACUGUGGAUUGAAAGUAAUUAUGUACAAUUUCUGGCAUACAUAAGACUUCAAUGUAUCAUCAGGUAGUAAAGGUGUUCAUGUUGUUUUACCAGUUUAAUGCAGUGGCCGAGAGUUUUCCACACUGUUAGUGAAGAAAAUACAUGCAAAGAAAACACCUUCGAUCAAUCAGUGUGAAGAUGCGCAUUCACAAUGCAAUCAAAUACAAAAAUUCAGCAAAAAGCGCACCAAAAUGAUUUCAAUUUGAAUAGUUUUACUGGUUUGUUCUCAAUUAACUUACUGUUUUGGCUGCAUUGUGAAUAUUUGCACUAUACUUUUGUUUUUGGGUUUAAGGUUUUCUGUUUGUGUGUGAGUUUUCUUCAAAUGCAAGAUGUUAAACUCUUUCGGCCACUUUUUUUUUUUUUUGCACUCUCAAGUGCUGAUAGCACUUAUAUGCAUUUUAUGAUUGGCUAAAGACCACGGUUUCAGCGAUUACUGUGCUCCUUGUGAAAAAGUCACCUAUAUGGUUUAAUGAUAAGAAUAUUAAAGGAAUUGUUCACCCAAUAACAAACAUUUACUCUCAAUUUAAAAGUGAUUUCCAAACUUUUGAGAGCUUCAUUUAUUUCUGUUGCAAUUAAAAACCGAUGACUUCCAUAGUAGGAAAAACAAAAACUAUUCAAGUUACAGGUUUCCAGCAUUCUUCAAAAUAUCUUCUUUCAAGAGUUCCCACUUAGAUAUGCUUGGCGUAUAAAGCAGGUUUGGCAUGCUGUCCCGGGAGAGAACCCUGAGCUCGGAGAUAUUUGAGCCCAGGGCUCCCGCCCGGUCGAUAAGCAUAUCAGGAGAUCCGAGAUCAGGUAGGUCUCGAGAGCUCCUCCGUUAGAAAAGGGAGGAGAUGGGGUGGAAGGGGGGAUUCUUCCAAAUGAAGAUAGAACAGUAGGGAUAAAAUGAUCCAUUUAUAGUAAACUAGGAUCACUCUGAUUGGAUUAUUACUGAUUACAAAUGAGUGGCCAGACGUGCUCAAUCAUAUCACGUGCUCCUCUCGAAAUUAGUUUAUGAAACUUCACUUUGUGUCCAACAAAAUCAAACAGGUUUAGAACAAGUGAGUAAAUGAUGAUGGCUGAACAAUCCCUCAAAUGUGUUUUUGCUGGAAAACCAAAAUCGUGCUGACCUCAAACCUUUGAACACUAUUGUACGUAAUUAGUGCAGAUCCAAAGCGAAUGUUUUUAUAUGUGCCAAACUAAAGUGCACCUGGAAAACUGUUCAUCUUUGUUUUGUUUAUUUGCUGAAGUAUGGUAUGCUGCAGAUCUGUACUUAUGAGUGAAUGUGCAUUGUGUGUGUGAAGCAACAGUUGGGUACAAAAAAAAAAAAUAUAUAUAUAUAUAUAUUUCACAGUAAUGUGAUCCCAAGUCGUGUCUGGUGUUGAAUUGAAAUACACACAUACUGGGAAAUAAAAGCAGAGAAUGGACACACACA